GUGCUCAGUACAUCACUUAACUACGCUCAGUGUUAGUCACACAUAAGAAACAUGGCUCCUGUUGAUAACUCGCCAGCUGGAGGGAGAAGUGGAAGCUUCGAAUUAAUUUGUUCAUUGAAAGCAAAUGACUUGGUACCCGUUCAUAAAUAUAAAUCGAAUGCGACGGGGCUGAUUGUUGUCAUUGCUGAAGUUGAGGGUCCAGUCGUAAAUGGAUACUUCUGUUUGGCAACGGAGGCACAUGAUGAUGACGGACUGCCACACACCUUGGAGCAUGUCAUAUUUAUGGGGAGUGAAGAAUACCCAUACAAAGGAGUUCUGGAUCUGCUUGCCAACAGGUGUCUGGCGUCUGGGACCAAUGCUUGGACUGACACAGACCAUACUUGUUAUACUAUGACAAAUGCUGGAAGCGAGGGAUUCCUCGCUGUGAUGCCCAUAUAUUUGGAUCAUAUACUGUACCCAACCCUAACAGAUUCUGGUUAUGUCACAGAAGUUCAUCACAUAACAGCAGAAGGGGAAGAUGCAGGUGUAGUAUACUGUGAGGUGCAGGGAUGUGAAAACACAGGUGAAAGGCGUUGCCAUCUUGAAAUGUCAAGGGCCAUGUACCCAGGUCACUGUGGAUACAAAUCUGCUGCAAGUGGAGUCAUGAAAAAUUUAAGAGAUAGUACAGACAAUAUAAAGGUACGUAAUUACCACAAAGAAUUCUAUAGACCAGAGAAUUUAACAUUGAUAAUUGCCGGACAAGUGAAACCAGAUGAAGUUUUUCAAGCUUUGACAACUGUUGAAGAUAAAAUUAUUUCCAAGGGCAAUCGAGGACCAUUCACUCGACCAUGGCAGUCACCUGUGCCACCACUGCAAGAGUCUGUUGACCUGAAAGUGCCAUAUCCGUGUGACGAAGAAGACAAUGGAAUGGUAUACAUUGCAUGGCGUGGUCCUUCAGCUGUUAAGGAGCUAUACAGGAUGGAUGCGUGCUUAAUCCUGUUGAGGUACUUGACUGACACUCCUGUGAGUCCUCUCCAGAAGGAAUUUGUUGAAACGGAUGAUCCUUAUGCAAGCAAGGUUUCCUGUUGCUUGACAGAGAACUCCGAAUCGAUGCUGUAUCUAAUGUUCGAAAAUGUUCCAACAGAGAAAAUUGAUUUGGUGAAGAAUCGCCUGUUUGAAAUUCUAGGAGCAAUUGCCAGUGGAAGUGAGCAGCUGGAUAUGAGGAGGAUGCAUACAGUCAUACACAAACAUAUUUUGGAGUCUUUGAGUCACUUGGAAAACAGUCCACAUGAAACAGUCACUUUCAUGAUCAUUGGGGACAUGUUGUAUGGUAACACCAAAGAAGAUCUUAGUCAGCGGCUGAAUCCAGUGGAAGAUCUACAUAAAAUGGAGAAAGAGCCAGAAGAAUUUUGGUUACAACUUUUAAAAAUGUAUUUGCUUGAUGGUCCAAGUGUGACCAUAAGGGGAUAUCCUAGUUUAGAGGAGCAGCAGUUGAUGGCCAAAAGUGAGAAGCAGCGUAUUUCAGAGCAGCGGCAGAAAUUUGGAAAAGAGGGACUUACGAAACUUGGUGAACAGCUACAACAGGCGACAGUUGAAAAUGAAAAACCUCCACCACGUGACAUGCUGACUUCGAUACCAAUUCCGAGCACUUCCUCUAUCAACUUUCAUCCAAUCCAGUGCUUUACAACUGAUUCAGCUGAGCAACAUUCAAAAUUUGAAUUAUCUGAAGUUCCAGUUCAAAUGCACCUUGACAGUGUGCACACCAAUUUUGUGUAUAUGUUUAUCCUAAUGGACACUGCUGGAGUACCAUGUGAGCUUCGCCCUUAUUUACCUCUUCUUCUAGAAUCCUUACUGGAGCUGCCUGUGAAACGAGGCGAUGUACUUGUCCCGUAUGAAGAGGUCGUAGCGCAGUUAGAAAUAGACACCAUCACAGCUUCAACUGGAAUUGGGCUUGAGGCUUUGUCUAGGUUCCAAUGUGGCCCAUACUCCCAUACAGCUUCUCUUAUGCUUCAGCUUGAACCCGUCAAAUAUGAACGUUGCAUCAAUUGGAUCAGAGAAUUGCUCUAUCAGACCCAAUUUACGGCUGAGAGAUUUAAGAUCAUUGCUGCCAAGAUUGCUAAUGAUGUAGCACAAGUUAAGAGAAAAGGCAACAAAGUAACUGGAGAUCUUAUGAGGGGGCUCUGCUACAGCAAAGAUAGUAACCACUAUUCAUCCAGCAUGCUUAGACAGCAUAAGUUUCUUACUGCACUGAUUGAGAAACUGGACUCAAAAGAAAAAUGUGAACAUGUUCUGAAUGAAAUAAAAUCUGUGCAUCAGAUCAUCACAGAUCCAUCUAGCAUUGUAAUCCACUUGGCCGCAAAUGUUGAUCAACUGGCAAAUAAAGUAGGUGACUUGGUACAGCCAUGGAGAAACGUCUUGCCAGCUGAUAAAGUUGCAGAGAAGAAAAAGUUGCAUGUGACAGAUGACUGGACGUUAAUUCUUGCUCCCAACAACAGCAGCUGUGUUGUUGGUUUAGGUUGUAUAGAGUCCUCUUUCCUCUGUCAGACUACACCAUGUGUCAGAGAUUUCAGUGAUGAAAAUUUAGCACCAGUAUUAGUUUUCCUUCAGUACCUCACACAGCCAGAGGGUCCACUGUGGCGUCAGGUACGAGGCCUUGGCCUUUCGUAUGGUUACAGCAUAGUACCUCGGCCACACGAAGGGUUACUCUACCUGUCCUUCUACCGAGCAACAAACUGUGUAUUGGCAUACAAAGAAACUAAGAAUAUAGUGAAUGCUCAAGUGACUGCUGGAGCAAAAUGGGACCAAAAUUUGUUUGAAUCUGCAAAGAGUUCUCUUAUUUUUGAGAUCAUUGAGCGUGAAAAGAGCGUAGGUGACAUUGUGACACAGUCCCUUCUGUCAUACUUCAAAAGGGUUGAUCAUGAUUACAACAGACAGCUGGUACAGCUGAUCUCUCAAGUUACAGCAGAUGAUCUGAAUCAAGUGGGCCCUAAAUAUGUGGCACCACUUUUCAACCCUGAGACAUCAAGGACAAGCAUUGUGUGCCAUCCUUCAAAAAUUGAAGAAAUUGCAGCUGGGUUUAAAGAGAUGGGCCAUAACUUGGAAUUGUACCAGACCCUGGAGGAGAGUUUCCUGAGUAACUGGUAAUUCUGUCAAGUGAUGUCAGAAUUACGUUAUGUACAGAGACAUCUCAGAUCAAUUAACAAUACUGUUGAGUUGUCAGCUGCCAGUCUUAUGCUUAAUGUUAAGUGAUAGGACACUCAUUUUUUUACUGUUAUUAUUAUAUCGUAUUCUUCCACGACUUUUGUAUCAGAAUUGUAAUUUUUAUUUGAAUACAAUUCAUUAUUACUUGCAUUGAAAUGUAACAGUAUGUCAGUAACAAUUUAUUAUGUAAGUCAAACUGUAAUGAUCAUAAAGUUAUGUUUCCAUGUUGUGAGUUAUAUACGACAUAGAGGCAUGAGCAUUUCA